AUGCCUCCUCCAAAGCACAUUCAUCCUCGCCAAAUUCUUGCCCCAGUCCUUCUGGGAUUGCUCACCUCAGCAACAGCAACAAGUCUAUCCUUCACAAUCCCCUCCUCGGUGCCGUCGAAUGCGAGCGGGAUUUUGGACCCCGCUCCUGUCGGAGUUUCAUUCGAGUUCUUCGCGUUUCCGGAGUACUUCCAAGGCGUGCCGGCGACGAAUGUCUGUCUCGAGAAUCUGAAAGAUGCCGCAGGAGGAACUAGUCCGCCGAUACGGAUUGGGGGCACGACGCAUUCCCUGGCUACGCCGGUGUCGUACUCGGUCUCGUCGCCUUCGGACGCGCCCACGUCGUUGACUUUUGGGCCUUCAUUUAUGGAGUUGGCUGGAGAUUACGACGGGUCUGUAACGAUUGGACUCAACAGACGUCUCAACAACAUCACCAACACCAUCGAGGCUGCCCACGUGGCAGUGUCGAAAAUACAGAAGCUGUACGCGAUCGAGCUUGGCAACGAGCCGAACUUCUACACUUCCUCAGACCCGAUCGCAAACUCCAGCGCUUGGACCCCCGCAGCAGACGCCGCAUCGCAGGUCUCCUGGCAGAAAUCCGUCGGAACAGCCCUCGACAAGACGGCCAUCAUCCAAGCGGGUGUCUUCUUCGGAAGCGAUGAGUGGAACAUCGCAGAGCUGGCGCCCAAGGAAGGCGACUCGGCACCGUACGUCAAGUCCUUCUGCGACCAUUACUACCCGCAGUCCGCCUCGACGGCGAAUUUGCCGCAGCUGAUGAAUCAUUCUGCUAUUGUCCAGGGUGUAGUUGGCUUUGCGGCGGAUGUUUCUGCGGCGGAUUCCAAGAAUGUUCCUUUUGUUUUUGGAGAGACGAAUUCCGGUACAAUUAACCCGAAGCUUCUCCUUGUGAAAUUUCAGACUAACGGCUAUUCUUUGCUGAAAGCAACCGGGGGAGGCGGUGGGAUCAGUCCCACGUAUGGCGCUGCUCUCUGGAUUCUGGACUACGUGAUGCAGGCGGUGAUCUUAGGAGCGAAGGUGACUCGCACCCAGGCCAGCUGCCCGGUCAAAGACUUACCUCGUCACAGCAACUCUUUUUCCACCAAGGCACGAUUGGCAACUACACCGGCUAAUUCAGUUCCUCCAGGCCAAUACUGCUGGUGGGGUCGCUAUGACAUGGGGGCCCCAUAUUAUGGCGCGUACACGGCCGCCCUGACCUUGAGCGGUGCAUCUCGACUCGCCCAACUCGACGCCGGUGACAGCCCAUACGCCGUGUACACCGUCUACAACGAAGCCGGCAAACCGAUCCGCGCCUUGCUAUACAACUCGGAGUACUACACGACGGGGACUCGGGACUCGGUGAGCGUCACACUGAGCGGUAUCCCAUCGUCGACUGCCUCUGCAAGACGGUUGACUGGAAACGCCGCGACGGCACGGGUUGAUCAGGGCGGAAAUAUCACGAUCGCUGGGCUGACGUUCGCCAAUGGAACCUGUGUGAUCCAGGGGAGCGAAGUGGUGGAAAAAUAUGCCGUGGACAACGGCAUGGCGACGUUCAAUGUCGCAGCGUCGGAGGCACUGUUGACACAGUUUGCACCAUUUGCAGCCUGUUUGCAUGUUUGCACCGAGGGCGCUAUCAAUAUUCCCCUUUCGGGAUUAGCCCGCGGGCAGGACCAAAACAGAAGGAAGGGAAAUGACAUCGCCCGCGCUGCGCUUUUCGCCUUGAACCAGCUUACAGCUCACAGCUCCCUUUGCUCUGGGAAUUGGACGACAUAUCAUACCUUUUGCUGGGGGCGUCCAAUUCCGGGGAUUUAUUUUACUGCAAUGGCAGACGGCGGGGGCUGGAGCACGAUCGAGUCCGACGAGGGCGUCUUCACCUCGUUGAUCGAGAACCUCGGCGUCAAAGGCGUGCAGUUUGAAGAGCUGGUGUCGCUCGAUGCCGAUACGAUACGUUCGCUAAGCCCCGUCUACGGCGUCAUCUUCCUCUUCAAGUGGAUUGGAGGCCAAUCGCGCGACGCGACCGCCCCUCCGGACGGCACCUAUGACCAGAACGCGGCCGACAACGGCGUCUUCUUCGCCGGGCAGACGAUCCAGAACGCCUGCGGCACGCAGGCCAUCCUCUCCGUGAUCCUCAACCAAGACACCGCCGCGUCGACGCCCGUGCCCAUCGACAUCGGAUCCGAGCUGGCCUCGUUCAAGGAAUUCACCACGGGCUUCCCCUCCGACCUCCGCGGCGAGGCGCUGUCCAACUCGGAGGUCAUCCGCACCGCGCACAACGCGUUCGCCCGGGCGUCGCCCUUCGUCGACGAGACACAGCGCACGGCCGCCGACGAGGACGCGGAUGUGUAUCACUUCAUCGCCUACACGCCCGUCAACGGCGUGCUCUACGAGCUGGACGGCCUGCAGCCGUUCCCCAUUAGCCACGGGCCGUGCGACGUGGACAGUUUCCCCGAGAAGGUCAUCGAGGUGAUCCAGCGCCGGAUCCAGCGGUACCCGGAGGGCGAGAUCCGGUUCAACCUGAUGGCGGUGGUGCGCGACCUGCGGAUCCGCGCGCGCGAGACGGGCGACACGGAGCUGCUGGAGCGCGAGGAGCGCAAGCGGCGCGCCUGGGCGUGGGAGAACGCGCUGCGGCGGGCCAACUUUGUCGGCUUCAUCGGCGAGGUCCUGAAGGGGGUUGUCGACAUGAAGGUGAAAGACGGCACGUACAAUGAGUGGAUCGAGGCCGCCAAGAAGGAGACGCAGCGGCGGGUAGAAUCGCGGAGGGGAGGCCACGGACUAGCUGGACUUGAGUAG